ACACAAGCCGACAGUAUGAACACCACCCCCAGAGGACAACGCCAUGUCGCUCCUCAGAUAGCAGCCAACAGCCCAUUUGCUCGAAGCAAUGCCACCUCGACCCCGACUGGACCUCGCUCGCCAAUCAAGCUCAGCAGCCGCGACCGUCAAGAGCUGGGUCUGAGUCUGAAACGCGUCAUUGGUACCACAUGCCAGUCGGUCUUCUGCUUCGACCACCUGCCCGAAACAAGAAGUUUUGCCUAUACCGCUGGUGCCGCUGCAGUUGUCGCUUCCGUGUGCCCCGAUGGAACCAUAUCACAACGCUUCUUCAGGGCCAAUCCGGCACAUCCUCUGCAGAGACCCAACUUCACACAGGCCAUUGCUGCCUCACCCGCCGAUCCUAGGCUUCGCUCUCCUCUACCGCCAACCGACCGCAGCGAGUGGAACGAUUCUUCUGCAGGAAACAAGAGUAGUGCUGUACGCGAACGUGUCAAGGCUGCUACUGCAGUUAGCUUCAGUCCGAACGGUCGCUUCCUCGCUGUGGGCGAGACUGGGUACAAACCGCGUGUCCUGGUCUUCUCGCUUGCCGACAAGUCGUUCGCUGAUUCGCCCGUGUCCUCCAUAUGCGAACAUACUUUUGGUGUGCAAUCUGUAAGCUUUGGCCCAGACUCGAGAUAUCUAGCUUCCCUCGGAACCGUCAACGAUGGCUUUCUAUACAUCUGGAGUAUCGAUGAAAGAGGAGGCACACCCACCUUGGUUGCCAGCAACAAAUGUACCACCAAUGUGCGCCAUAUGGCCUGGAUGGGUUGUAGUUUGGUGACAGUGGGACUGAGGUUUAUCAAGGUCUGGAGACCAAACGACCUUCCAGCAAGCGUCAACGAGAACUCGGAACGAGGCUAUGGCCUGUACAAUCGCCAACACAAGCCGCUGGCCGGCCGAAAUACCCUGUUAGGUGAUCUGCUCGAUGCGACAUUUACAUGCGUGGCAUCCUUCUCUGAGACGAAAGCCAUCGUUUGCACUGAUGGUGGAGAUGUUUGCAUCCUCGACGAUGAAGACAAAGCCCAACGACUAAUCAGGGUUGCAAAUGUGGACUUUAGUAUCACUGCUGCGUGUCUCGGCCCUGAUGACAAGAUAAUCAUCACAGGACUGGAUGGCAGUAUUGAGGUUCUUGAUCUCGACCAGCUCAGCAGAAGCUUUAUCCCACCAAAUACGCCGCCAGGAUCCAAAACAUCCGCAAAGCCCUCAAGCUCUGGCUUUGUCGCCGUCGGGUCGGUGGUAAAUGCCAUAGUGACCGUAGACAAUAGUCACGGCAUCCAGCUACGGCAAGUUGCUUCAAAAUCUCGUGAUGAUGAUUCAAACCAUGCGGUGGUACAGAAACUUCCAGCACACUCGGAUGCAGUCCUUGGAGUCCGUGCUGUCACAGCACCGAACGAACAAGACAUUGCCUUUAUUACCUGGUCUGCAAAUGGCACGGUUAUAUUCUGGUCGUCCGAAUGUGAAGCAAAAUCGACAAUCUGCGUGUCCAUGGAUCAAUACGUCGACAUGUACAAUGUUCUCAACGAACUCAAGACAGUUGUGGCAUUAUCAGAUGUUUCCCACGCAAUAUCUGGAGACAAAUAUGGCGUUCUGAGGNUAAGCCGGGACACAGAAAUGCACAUAAGAAAUAUCAAAUGUCGAUACCGGAGAAGACGUCUCGCGAGAGAAAUCACUGAUAUUGCUAUCCAUGAGGAUGCAACAUACACUCUGAUCGCAUCAAGUAGUCGAGAUCGUACCAUCCAACUCUUGACAUGGAGCUCAGGCCGUCUGGACCUCCUGCAAACCCUGGAUGAACACGCAGGUUCGGUCUCUUGUGUUCUCUUUGCCAAGAAAGGCGAACAAUUACUGUCAUGUUCGGCCGACAGAUCUGUAGUGGUUCGAGAGGCUGCGAGACAAGGACCUGGCCCUCCACUUUACAUCAUUACCAGGACGAUCACACUCAAGAGUUCGCCAACCUGUCUGAGGAUGUCUCUGUUUGAUGACAUUCUUUUAGUGUCUGCGACCGAUCGGACGAUCCAGCUUGUCAGCACGCGGACUGGUCGCAUCAACUCUUGCUUCAAGGCUGGCGAUACCGAUGGGGGAGACGCUGUGAUCAUGUCCGGCUUGGUUCAUCUACCCUCCACUGCAGGAUCGCCCAUCAUCGCAGGUGUAGCUGGCAGUGAUAAGUCUGUGCGCAUGUAUUCAGAGGAUGGAACCCUUCUCGCGCGAGACUGGGGGCAUACCGAAGGCGUCACGGACAUUGCACUGCUGAAAUCGCACGCAGCGCCUGACGACCUGGCAGCGAUGAAACUCGUGAGCGUUGCUGUAGAUGGUACUAUAUUCAUCUGGGCGACAGUGCCUGAAAGACCUCGAUCAAGAGACUCCUCAGAUGCAGCGCCCUCGUUCGCGAGCAUUGCUCCAGGCAUCGUCUCUGCAGAACAGCCGCUACGAAAAGUCAUAUCCCACAGCGAGCUUGCCAGGUUUCAACGAGCCAGGUCCAAUGAAACAGAACAUUCAGAUGCGACAGCUGCAACAGCAAGCACAGGGCUGAAGAAGAAACCUAGCAGAUUGAGCAUUCGCCCACCGCCACCAGCGCAAAGGUUAGAGCCUUCGCCGCUGGGGACUUUGCGCAAUGGUCUGACAGUCAGGAAUAGACAACGAAGUCCAAGUCCUACACCACCCAGCCCGAGCCCUAGAUUGCCGCCUAGUCCGAGAACGCAUCCAAGGAGUGCACCGGGACGACAUCGGCUUUCUGUGGGCGCUGUACCGCCUAUGCUUGCCAACACAUCCACAGAUAAGGGAAACAAAGACAGCAAGGCAGAGGCCAGCACAACAGGCUUUGGAAGCAUCGCAGCAUCGACAGAUCAGCUAUCACGCAUGUUGCGAGCAUACAGGCAGAAACUCGAUGGCAGCUGCACUGGUUUGACUGGGGAAAGGCUCAGAGAGCUGGAAAAAGAGCUAGACGCCACAAUCCAGAUGGCACAGCAGAAGUUGGCGGGCCACAAAGAUGUGAAGGGAUCUCAGGAUACGAGUAGCGCUGCAGAGGACAGUGGGACGUCGAGGACGGCAUCAUCAUCGCAAGAUGCUUCAUUUAUAUCUGCUCAGACACAGUUAGACCAAGAGACGGUUAGUGGUGCUGAGGCCACUGCGUCUUGA